AUGAGGAAGUGUCAUCCUCUGCUUAGGUGCUUGGGUAGGUUUUUGGAGCUCAAGGAUUCAGAGCUUGAAGACAAUGACUGGAGUUUGUACUUGAAACUUGCAGUUGCUACAACCAAUAAGAGCUUUGACGUUUCCAGACUCAGUCUGGCCAAUUUGAAGAUUCUGAAAGUGGCUACUGAAAGUAACCAGGGACUUGGAGACUACAAUGCAGUUUUCUACAUAGAGUACGAGGACUCUUGUGAGGCUCGAGUUGGUAAGGAUGUCCAUCGCGCUGCUAUUGUCAGAAGAAUCUUGGAUAAGCAGUCGGAAGUCGUGCGUCUCCUUGGUCAUAAUCAGAGCAUAAACAAAAGUGCUGCCAUGGAAGCUGGCUCGUCCUCUGCACAAGACUAG